AUGACAGAUACUUACUCUCAUUUGGUCGAUCAAUACCAUACUGAUGGUUUUGUUGUACUUCGAAAUGUGGUUGAUGCUCGUUUAAUAGACGAAUGUCGGCAACAUAUAGAAUUUUUACAAUCGAAAUUUCCAUCGAUACCAGGAGAACAUUUACAUCAUCCUAUCAUGCGGAAUGAUCCAUUUUGGGUUCGUUUGGUAAGUGAUCCACGUCUAUUGGAUUUAGCUGUUUUAUUCGGUUCACCUUUUAUUGAACCCGAUGGUGGUAUUGCCUUGUUUUCAUCUCAUUAUUUUUGCAAACCAGCAAAAACAGGAAUGUCGGUUCUUUGGCAUCAAGACGGUUCCUAUUGGCCAUUGAAACCUAUGAAUGUUUUAACAAUGUGGUUAGCCAUCGAUGAGAGUGAUACAGAAAAUGGAUGUCUUCGAGUGGUUCGUGGCAGUCACCAAGAAGAAUUGGCCAAAUUAACUGAUGAUGUUUCAGUUCAGAAUGUUCUUGGUAGUUACACUCAUCGAGAUGAAGAUAUUGAUCAAGAAAAAAUCGUUGACAUCGUAUUGAAACCUGGUGAUAUUAGUAUCCAUCAUCCAAAUAUUGUUCACGGCUCUAAUGCCAAUACAAGUGAUCGACGGCGAUGUGGAUUAACAAUCAGAUAUAUAGCACCAACCACCAAAUGUGUUGACGAAAAACAACCAGUGAUGAUGAUGAUGGGCUCACCGAUAGAAGGCAUUAAUCAUUAUCGAAGUUGGCCUAAAUAUCGCAUUGGUUAUGAUUUUCCAUUCGACGGAUGUGAACAGUGGAACGAUCGACGUCGUAUUGAACCUGAUGAUGAAUUGUACUUUGAGAGAACAGAUUAUACUCAAAUGGAUCAAGAGAUUGAAAAUGAAGUUAUCGGUUUUAUUGCGCAAUUAGGAGGGAAAACAGUACAACAACAAUGA